AUGAAAUCCUGUGUGUGGCGGUGCCAGGAUUCUGAUGGAUUCUAUACCGCUUUAGGCACUUUCUCCUUCGUCUCGUCCAUCACAACAAACAGAUGCUCAAGUCAUGUUCACGGCCCUUUGUCUCUGUCCAUCUAUCCGUCCAUCGUGCGUCCCUUGAUAGGAACCUCGCAUGUGUCGCUGUUGCUUGCCCAUCCAUCCACUGGCUGUGUCCAGAAAAAAAAUCCGAUGCCGGCCGGUGGCGUGCUUUCCGUGUACCUUGAGCUUCCAUGCUCAUGCCGAAACGAAGCGUUUUGGCGUGUCAAUCUAGAUCUUCCGCCAGCUGCAGAUGCACAACUCGAUUCGAAUGGGAAGCAGGCAGAAUGAAAGCUCAAGACAGGUGGAUCUGCCACGGUUUAUUACAAGAGCGGAGAAAGUGGCGCACAGGCGGGGCUUUCUCUGCUUUCCGCGUCGACGCAGCUUUCAGAAGGUCGUGCAGAAGCCGUUGCUGUCGUUCACUGCAUCCGACUAUCGUCUGCGCUAACCUCUUUCGGCUUUCCCCCUAGCGUCGCGCGUCCCAAUAAGAGUAUCACUUUCGCCAUGUCCCGUCCCGCGCCCCUCGAGUUCUUUCCUCCCCACCGCCCCUUCGCUGCAGGACCGUCUGGCAGCCCAGGAUCAACAACACCGAACACCCCACACGAGGAGUCUCACUCCGCGCCUGCUUCUCCACCGCACACCCCGCGCUCGCUGUCCUUCCUCACUCCUCACACACCCGCUCGCUCUGCAGACCCUUACUCCCACGCCGCUAUGACCACCCCUAACCCACCCGCUCAAAACCCGUUCUCCCCGCCGGCCUCGGUGCAGUCUUUCUCCGCCGAGUACCCGUUCGCGGGCUCUCCGGGUUCGACCCGCGCCAGCAGUGUUGUCGACGUUCGUCUCCCGCGCACCUCGUCCUGGAUUAGCACCAGCGGCCAACAGCCCAUGGAUCAGCGCGGGUCAUUCAGCUCCAAUCGUCCAGGAACAGGCUCCAACCCAGGAUCGCUCUCCAAUCCGGGCACAGUGGGUGUUACACCGGGCAACGUUACACCAGGCGGUCGUCGCGAUACGUUCGCCUCCCCGCCCUCCCGGCCGAUGACCAUAUACGCGCAACCGAGCUACACGAGUGCCCGCCUGCGACGUGAGCGUCCCAAGAGCACUGCUAUUCUCGAUCAGAGUCCCACUCCGAGUGAGGACGGGAAGAAGAAGGAGAAGGGCGCACGCCCUGUGCUGACUACCAAGCUGGACAAGCCAUGGAUCACCAAGAAAGAUCCGUACUCGCGCGUGGCUUACUGGAUCACUUAUCUGACAAUUCUUCUCUGUGCUGGUGCUGGUGCGGCGCGAAUCUAUACGGGGUGGAAGAGCGUCUUGCUCAUUACGCAACCUCUUUGUCCUGUGCUCAUUGAAGAUUUUUCAACUGCGACAACCGAAUCUCUCUUCGGGACCGGUGUCGCCGGGGACGGGGGCACAUUUUUCCGCGAGGUUGAUGCCAGCGGGUUCGGUAACGGCGAAUUCGAGAUGACAUCCAACUCGGACAGCAAUUCGUUCGUGUUGAACAACCAGCUGUACCUGGUGCCCACAUUGACGAGCGAUGUCAUUCCACUGUCCAACAUCCUCGACGGCGCGGUGUACAAUGUUACGGGCUGCACGUACAACAUCACCCACUCGACAGGUUACACGACUUCAGGACACGGCAGCACGGGUAUCAACACGACCGAGGGAGAAACUGGAUCCGGCGGAAUUGCCCCGGAUGCUCCACUCGAUCUCCCGGCCUACCUAGCCGCGUGCUCGGCUGUUUCGAAUGCGACGCAGGGGAAGAUUCUUCCGCCGGUCAUGAGUGCCCGCAUUAGCACGCGACGCAGUGCGAAGAUGAAAUUCGGUCGGGUCGAAGUGCGAGCGAAGCUUCCCACCGGUGACUGGAUGUGGCCUGCUAUCUGGAUGCUUCCGGUGGACAACGCGUACGGCGGAUGGCCACUCAGUGGGGAGAUCGAUAUCAUGGAGGCGCGCGGUAAUGGACCGAGUUAUCCCAAACAGGGUGUCAACUAUGUUCGCUCCUCGUUGAAUUGGGGGCCUGCCACGUUCCUGGACGCCGUUGCCAAGACGUAUGGCUGGUGGACGGAACGUCGCAGUCGUUAUGAUGAGCAAUUCCACACCUACGCCCUGGAAUGGACGGACGGCUUCAUCCGGAUGUAUGUCGACUCGCGGCUGACGCACAUGCUCGAGCUCAAGUUCAACAAACCGUUCUGGGACCGGGGCAACUUCCCCACGGUCGUGCAGAACGGUUCGGAGAGCGUGGUGCUGCAGAACCCCUGGAUCAACGGAACCAAUGCUGCGCCAUUUGACCAGGAGUUCUAUCUGAUCAUGAAUGUUGCUGUUGGAGGGACGAACGGAUGGUUCCCCGAUGGACCGGAGAAACCCUGGCUCGAUGGCUCGGCGACUGCGCCAUUGGACUUCCUCCGAGCUCAGAGCCAGUGGUAUCCCACCUGGCCUCAAGACGUCAAGCAACGUGCGAUGGUUGUGUACGUGGCUUUCCUCGUCUUAUCCGGUCCGCUUGCUUACGAAGCUGUAGGGACUCGGUCAAAAUGUGGGAGUUGUGCUGAGGUCAUGAAGAGCGGCGGCCUGUAUGCGCAUAUAUUGUACACUGCUCCUUCCUAA